AUGUCCUCCAUAUUGAACUCACAAGGUUUAGGUUUGGUUCUGGCCGCAGCCACGGCUCUCUCUGCAGCUACCAUAAUUCUCUUUGAUCAUUUCCUGGAAAGGUAUCAAGAUUCAACUACUGAUAAACAAGUUCUUAAGUCUUGUUUAUCUUCAGGUAGCAAGGAAAAGGAGAAGAUGAAGAAGAGGGUUCAAUUUGCUGAUAAUGUAAAAGAUUCGAGUGGGAAUAGUGAAUUGCACAGAAAAGAAGAUGAAAUUCCUGCAAAUCAUGUGAUGUACAGUGGGAUUCUCAAGGAUCGUGUGCAAAGAAUGGAGUCUCGGAAUGCUUUUGGCUGUAGAAUUUGUUAG